GCAAAUGGAAAACAGGUCAGUGCUCUCCAUGUAUAUUACAGUACAGAGGAUGAAAUUAAAAACAUAAAAUACAAAAGCAUAUGUUUGACCCCAAGUCUAUAAGUUUCUUCUUUUUCUUUCUUCUUGUUAUUUACAAGAAGAGGAAUUUGUUUUAGUUUGAUAUUUGUAGGUGGAGUGAUGGCUGUUGAUCUCAUGAUGGAUUAUAGAAAUACAGAUUUUAUCACUAAGAAGAUUCAAGAAAGCAAUAAUACUUCUGUUGAAGAAGCUGCUUCAGCUGGUUUAGAAAGUUUUGAGAAGUUGAUUAGAUUACUUAAUCAACGUCAACAACAGCAGCAAAAAUAUGAAGAACAGAAAGAAAAAGAAGAAGAGAAUCAAAAAUCUGCUAAAGAUAUUGAUUUAGAUUGUAAAGCUGUUGCUGAUGUUGCUGUUAAUGAAUUUAAGAAAGUUAUGUCUUUAUUGGGUCGAACUCGUACUGGUCAUGCCCGAUUCAGAAGAGCUCCUCUCCAAAAUUCUUAUCCUUCUCCCCCUCCUCGACCUCCACAGCCACAGCAUGUUGAAGAGCCCAUUUCUGUAAAUCAUCAGAUUCAUCUUCAAAAUCAUCAACAACAGCUAAAAGAUGAUAAGUCGCAACAAUUUAUUGGUUCAUCAUCGAGGGUUUAUUGUCCUACACCGAUCCAACGGUUACCUCCACUUCCAUCCUCAUCAUCUCAUCAACAUCCUCAUAAUCAAAACAAUAAAUAUCCGUCUCUGGUUAUGUCUAAAAAUGGUGUUAUUAGUGAGAGAAAAGAAACUUCUACUACGAUUAAUUUCACAUCUCCAUCACCAUCUAUGUCUGCUGCAACUUCGUUUUUAUCGUCAUUAACAGGAGAUACAGAUACGAAACAACAGCAUUCUUCAUCCUCUGCUUUUCAACUUACAAAUAUAUCUCAAUCUUCAGGAAGACCACCUUUAUCGUCUGCUUCAUUGAAAAGGAAGUGUAUGUCAUCUGGUGAUGCUGGUGGUGCUAAGUGUGGUAGUCAUGGUCGAUGCCAUUGUUCUAAAAGAAGAAAGUCAAGAGUGAAAAGAGUUGUUAGAGUUCCUGCAAUCAGUUUGAAAAUGGCUGAUAUUCCACCAGACGAUUAUUCAUGGAGGAAAUAUGGACAGAAGCCCAUUAAAGGAUCUCCACAUCCAAGGGGUUAUUAUAAGUGCAGUAGUUUAAGAGGAUGUCCAGCAAGAAAACAUGUUGAGAGAGCUUUAGAUGAUCCAACCAUGUUGAUUGUUACUUAUGAAGGCGAACAUAAUCACUCUCAUUCAGUUACUGAUACUACCGGUUUAAUCCUUGAAUCGUCUUAAGAAAACGUUAAAUCAAGAAAUGAAGAGGAAGAAGAAGAAUUUGGAGUUUGAAGCAGCAAGUCUUAAAAAAUGUAAUGGUUUUUAUUAUUAGAUGUUUUCAGAGAAUUUAGUUUCAGACUUCUCUCGGCUCUAAAUUCAGAAUUCAAUUUCAUCCAUCCAUCCCCUGUAAAAUACGGGACUCCUGCAGCCAAUGUGUUUUACUGUUCUUUAAUUUGUUAAUUAAACCCUUUUUUAUUACUACUAGAUUUUAAUAUAUUGUUAUUCAGUGAAGAAAUGAAGUGGAAAAUGAAUGUGGAUUUGGUGAA